AGCCUGCAAUAAGACAGAUGCAGAUUCAUCGAAGCUGGGUUAUAGGAACGACAGACGACUGAGCCUGCGGCACGGAAAAGGGUGGAGAACCAGAGGAGGACGAGAAAGGAAGAGUGGAACCGAGCACUUGGGAAAUUUAGGAAGAAUUUAUCUACCGCUGUAAUCAACAGAGACAAGACUGAGAAUGGCAGAAAGCACAAGUCCAAAAAGCACUUCUGGUGACUUUGCAAAAAAAGUCCAAAGACAGCUGAGCAGAGGCAAAGAAAAGGUUCUGCAGAGGCUGGGGAAGUCAAUAGAAACCAGAGAUGAUCACUUUGAGCAAUUACUCCAAAUUUUUUAUGAUCAACAGACUGAUUGUAACCGGAUAUAUAAGGACUUGAGGAACUACAUUAAUGCAGUGAGAGACAUGCGUGAGGCUUCAAGGCGUCUUUCUCAAUCUUUGUUUGAUGUUUAUGAAUCCGACUGGGUUGGAGAAGAGGAUUUGGGAGCUAUUGUGGAGGGAGAGGAUCUCCUGUGGAAUGACUUUGAGGUGAAGCUGCUGGAUCAGGCCGUGCGCACCAUGGAGUGCUAUGUGAGCCAGUUCCCGGAUGUCAAGGAGAAAGUGGCCAAGAGGGGAAGGAAACUGGUUGAUUAUGACUGCUCCCUUCACCACCUGGAGGCCCUGCAGACGGCUAAGAAGAAAGACGACGUCAAGAUAAACAAGGCAAAAGAAGAAAUGAAAGCUGCCAAACUUGUCUACGACGGCAUCAACAGUGAGCUGAAGGAGGAGCUGCCUACUCUUUACGAAACCCGUGUUGGAUGCUACGUGACCGUGUUCUCGUCUCUGUCAAAUUUACGAGACACCUUCUAUAAGGAACUUACCACGCUCAAUCUGGAUUUACAGAAUGUGAUGAAGGAGCUCCAGGCUCAGCAUCCAGACAAAGGGUUUGCUCUGAGAGGACUGCAGAGGUAUGGCUCCCUGAAGAGACGGUCUCUGAUGUCCCCCAAGGCCUGGAAAGCCAGUUUUUCUGAGUAUCACAAAAACUACAACCCCAGAACUGUGGAGAGGCACAGCUUUAGGUCCCCGGACAAGCCUCGCUCUGGCACUCUGUCCAGAGAGAGCAGCCUGCUCGGAGUCUCCUCACGAUCAUCACCAGAGAAAGCCCUCUCUGAGUCCAGGGAGCUGGACGCCGAGUCCUGCCACAGCGAGAAGCAGAACUCUGAAGAUCUUGCAACAGGGAAGCCGGAAAACGACCUGGAGCCCGGCGAGGCCGAAAGUCAAGCCAAAGACGAGAAGGACUUGAAAGAGUCAGAUCAAAAAGAAGAGCCGAAAAAAGAUCCACCAAGUGAGAGCAGCUCUGAACUGAACAACUCAUGUGAUUCAGAGAGUUUGGAGCUCCAGCUGUCUGCAGCCGACAACGGGCAGCUGCACAUCGAGGAGGAAGACGAAAGCCCUGUGACCUCUGACCCCCCGAAACCAAACAGACUAGAGAAUGGUGCUGUGAGCAGCUCUGACACAGGAGACCUGAGCAUUCCUCACAAGGGUGCUUCUGCAGAAAAACAAGACUCAAAAAGCACAGACGUAUAAGAAUGCCUGACAUGAUCUGCACAUAGCGACUGAAGGCGACAGCUGCUGGAGAGGAAAGAAUGUGAGCCCAGCCCCACUCAUGACUGUGGAUUCAAGACUGCUGCUGUCUGCUUUCUCAUUUAUCUGUUAAUGAAAUCACUCUUUUAAGUAAAUCACGGUUUAUAUUUUUUAUAGCAAGAUAAAUUCACAGUUUCUUUAGUCAGUACAUUUUGAAUGCAUUAUGGGUUUACACUGUUAAAAACUGGCCUCAACACACACUGUGCAAUGAUAUGCUGUGUUGACGUCCUCAGCUACACUCCAGUCUAACUUUUUUAAAAUUUAUCUUCUAUUUUUAACUUAAUUGUAUUAUAUUUUUCCAACUUUGCGGUGUUAAAAAGGGAAAAUAAUUUAAUCUAAAUUAAAUUUUUGGAUGCGCUCUUAGAUCUAAUAAUGACGAUUCAAUACCAAUAGGAAAACCAUAUAACAAUCCAAUUCAAGCUCAGCUUGAAUUCUGUAAUGAAAUCUAUGUUUAAUAAGCAAUAAAAAUGCUUUAGUUAAA